AUGGCAGCCCAGAGGAUCAUCUGCGACGACAUUGAAGCCCAGCGGCUGCAGGUGCACAAGAAGACGCAGCUUUGCAAGUUCUUUGCGGUUGGCGCAUGCCAGCGGGGCUCGAACUGCGCUUUCGCGCAUGGCACUUCGCAGCUCCGCCAGCAGCCAGACUUCUCCAAGACCCGGCUCUGUGCGGACUUCGUGGAGCUUGGCCGGUGUGCACAGGGCCGGGACUGCAAGUUUGCCCAUGGCAAGCGCGAGCUUCGUCCCGGGUCCGCCGCCAAAGUCGGCAGGCCUUCGGCACGAAGCACGCAAGCGGCCCAAGCCCCGAAACCCGAGACAGAGGAGGCGAAGACGGUGGUGCAAGCUUUGGAAACAUUGCGAAAGCGGCAGCUGCACCAUGAGCGUGCAGCCAUGAAUCUCAUGCUUCAAGGCACAUUGGCCUGUGUAGCCUCUCUGUCUGGGAAAGGAAAAGCCAGCCCUGACCUCGAGCUUCCCGAGACGUCCUUCAGCCGACAGACCACCUGGGAAGGCGUCGAGACCGUGUCCACAGGUUUCAGCAGGGCUUCCUCGGACGCUUCCGAUGCUAGCAUGGCGGAGAAAGAGGUUUGCGAAGCGGCUGUGCAAGACCAGCAUGUCCCCUUGCCAAAGGCCCAGGUGACUGGUUGGAAGGUGCGGGUGAAAAAUACUUUCAUCGAGGUCCAGGAUGACGAGGACAUCAUCGAGCCAGUGAUGCGCCGGACAAAGUCUUUGCCAUGCAUCGCUGAGCUGUGA